AUGGAGUGCGAAUUUUACCAGGGGAACCCCACUAAAAACCGCUCAGCGCAAGCGGUUGAGGAUGACAGCGAAAAGAUCUUCAUCAGACUGCUGCGCUCCGUCGAAAGGAAGCAUCUGGAGGUGAAAGAGCUGAUCAGAGGUGAGGAGAGGACAGCUCUCGGACAGACGGAGAAGCUUCUAGAACGACUGAAUCAACAGAUAGUUGAACACAGAAGAGGAGAGGCCGAGCUAGAGGCGCUCUCAAACACCGAGGAUCAUAUCCAUUUCCUGCAGAACUAUAAGAGGCUCUGCGCUCCUCCUGACGCCGGGGGUCGGCCCAGCAUUGAUGCCCAUCCGUACUUCUCUUUGCUGAUACUGAGAAAAGCUCUCGCAGAGCUGAGAGAUAAAGUCAACGAGGUCUGUGACAGAGAAUCGACAAAGAUCACAGAAUUAGUUGAUGAAGAGCACAAUCAGUCAGCUGAAAACUCCCUGAGCUGUCCGUUGAACACUGAUACAGUCCAUCGACAUUUACAACAGACUGAGCCGAGGACCAGAGGAGACUUCUUACAGUACUGCUGUGAUUUGACAUUAGACCCAAACACCGCCAACUCUUUCCUCCGUUUUUCUGGAGACCUUGCAGAAGUCACGACCGACCACGAGCCGCAGCCAUACCCCGAUCACCCAGAGCGCUUCAUCAGAUGGGCUCAAGUCUUCUGCACCGAAGGUCUCUCUGGACGUGGAUAUUGGGAGGUGGAGUGGGGAGGCGGUGAAGGAGUUUCUAUUGCAGUUUCCUACAGAACUGGAGAGAAUAUAGACCAAAAACUGGGAUGCAACUCAAAAUCAUGGAGCUUCGAUUUCUCAGAUUCUCUUUGUUUGUUCCGGCACAAUAAGUUUAGUGUUGAAAUACACACUCCAAUGCCACACAGAGUCGGCGUGUAUCUCGAUCACAGAGCUGGAACUCUGGCGUUUUAUUGCAUUUCUCUGGCAGAAGAUACCAUGACUUUGCUCCAUCGAGAGCAAACCACUUUCACUCAGCCUCUCUAUCCUGGAUUCUGGGUUGGACUUGGAUCUACUUUAAAACUCUGUCGAACUUUAAGCUUUUCAGCUUAGUUACGCAUUCUGUGCUCUCAUUUUGUUUCAAUGGACAGUUCACCCCAAAAUUAAAAGCACGUCAUUCGCUCACCUUCUUGUUGCAUUUGUGCUUUUCUCCUGUGGCUUAUUGUUGUAGAGUCCAUGCAACAUUGUGAAAAGUAGCGCUCUGACCUCAAUAUAUCUUUUUGUUGGAAUGACCAUUUUCAUUUUUGAGUGAACUUACCAUUUAAAUAAAAUAUGACAAUAUAAUAGAAACGUGUGAAACCAGGA